GUAAUAGAGUAAACCGCACUUUUAUUCUUUACCUGCUAUUGGUGUGUUACCGUGGCGACGGUUUUAGGGGGUUCCCCAGUGGUGACGCAAGGGGAUUUCCAUGAAGUCGUUUUGAACGUGAUUGUAAAGUGAAAGACCUACAAACAGUGAGACAUUUUCACUCGCACGAGGAGAGCUUUGUGUAUCUGUGUGCGAUACGCAGAAUCAGAACCUAGUUGUUGUUGUGUUUUUUUUUUGUUUUUUUUUUUUUGUCGCGAGCGCAUAUUACCGUGACAACACCUAUUGUAGUGUAAUAAAGCAGCGCGCGCAGGACAGAGCAGGACAGAGCAGGCGGAAAUGAGUGUGUAGUGCAGCCGAGCCGCCGCUUCUGGACCUCAGACGAAGCUGGAAGCGUUUUAAGAGGGCGAACACUUCAAAACAAACAAACAAAACUAUUUUCUCCGACUGACUUCACCUUGCCAUGAAAAUAAUGAGCAUAAAUAUUCCUAACGGCACGCCUGAAAUAGCAGAGUUCGAACUCGAGCUCAUAGAUGCAUUCAUAACGGAGAAUUCAGUUAACCUCCCAGGUCCUCCUCCUCCACCUGCAGACUCUGAUGAUCAGCUUCAUACCACGUCAGUAAUGACUGGACACAGUUCUGCUCCAGUGCUGGUCCCCAGAUGUACGGCCCCCAAGAAUUUUGACAUGUUCUCAACAGCGCUUACAUCACCUCGUGGCCCUAGAGGCCAGCGGCGCAGUACAGCUUCAGCCGUGGCUCACAUUGUGCGUCCUCAGCACACGGACACUGAACAGCUGGAGCAGCUGCUGGACAAACCAGUGCUGGUGGUGGUGGAACAGCCCAAGGAGCGCGGCAUGAGGUUCCGCUAUGAGUGCGAGGGCCGAUCGGCCGGUAGCAUCCUGGGAGCCUCAAGUACUGAUGUCAACAAGACGCUACCUUCCAUCGAGCUUCAAGGGCCAAUCGACAGGAUAAAAAAUGUGACGGUCACAGUGUCUCUUGUGACAAAGGACAUCCCUCAUCGACCACACCCACACUGCUUGGUCGGAAAGGACUGUUCAGAUGGCAUUUGCGUCAUCAGCUUUAAUCCCCACAACAACCGGCGCCACAGUUUUGUGAAUUUAGGCAUCCAGUGUGUUCGGAGGAAAGAAUUAGAUGCUUCCCUGAUGAAGAGGAAGAAGAAAAACAUCGAUCCAUUCAGCACUGGCCACUCGAAGAGCAUUGAGGACAUGGACAUGAAUGUGGUUCGGUUAUGCUUCCAGUGUGAGCUGGAGAAAGAAGAUGGGGACAGGACCUAUCUCUACCCUGUGGUAUCUAACCCCAUUUACGACAAAAAAGCUACUACAACUGCAGAGCUGAAAAUCAACAGGUUGAACAUUGUGCAAGGACCCUGUACAGGCAAGACAGAGAUCUACAUGCUUUGCGACAAAGUGCAAAAAGAUGACAUUGAGAUCAUCUUCAGUUUGGGCAACUGGGAGGCUAAGGCUGAGUUUGCACAGACCGACGUGCAUCGGCAGAUUGCCAUCGUCUUCAAGUCACCGCCGUAUCAGGAGCAGGACCUUGCCGACGAGGUCGAGGUUAACGUGUCUCUCCGUCGCAUUUCAGACCGCAUGUACAGCGAGCCGGUGAAGUUCACCUACCUGCCUCACAAUCCAGAUCCGUAUGAGGUCAAACGCAAACGGAAAAUAAAAUCCAGCAAGUUCAAUGAGGACUGCAGUGUCAGCACAGACGAGGUCAUGAGCACACCAGGUCCAGCACACCAGUUUGAUCCGUUCUGCGCCGAUGGGUCCGACUGCAGUAUUCUGCCUCAGGAGGAGAUGUUCUCUCAGGUCCCUCAGGUCCUGGAUGGGAUUCACUACGAGGACAGUGGCUCCCAACUGGAUGACACGUGUGUCAGCCUGGACCCAGACACCGUGAACAGCCUACUGUGCAGCCUCACUGAUUGCCUGGGCCCCCAGAACUUUCUCCAGCUUUUGAACAGCCAGGAUCCCAACUCCAGCAUCACAGAUACAAACCUGAAUCACAUGGAAGCUGGCCAGCCUCCCAUUACUUCAUUCAUUGACCCGUUUUACAACCAAGAACUUCCACAAGACCUGCAGGACAUUUUCUUACGUCAGGUCAAAACUGAAGACGACUCGUGAAGUCCUCAGUAGAUGCUUCUAAGAGUAGAGAUGUAGAGCGAGCUCCUCAUUUUCAUUAGUGGAAAAUAAGGAUUGGGGUCUGUACUCCAGAAACGUGCAAGUAGGUUUAGAUUCACACUGGAUGCCAUGUGCUGUCCCUGAGGGCUCUCAAAAUGACCAUCGAACCUGAAGGACAAAUCUGAGGGAAGUCGGAAAUUGGGCUGUGUGUGUAUAUUAUAUAUAUUUUCCUGCCAUAAAAUGGCUGCUCAGACCUUAGCCUUUGUCCAUUCUGGAGUGUGUGUACUGUCUAGUGAUGCCCUUGAUGCCCUUCUGUAUGGUGAUGUACGUUCUGGGAGAUGCAUAGGACCUUUAGUAGUCCUACGUGAAGAAAAAGAGAAAAGAUGCUGUUUGAAUGCUUUUUGAGGAGUAAUUGUCAAAUAGGCCAAUAGUGAAUUGCACAGGCUUCAUAUUACUAGUCUAGUCCAGAAACCUUCAUCCAUAUAUACUCAAAUAUUGUGUGUAUGUAAAACAACGAGCCUGUGGGUUUUUCUUUUUUUUUUUUGGAUUACCAUUUCUGCUGGCGCAUCCUUUGCUUAGAUGAAUGUCAAGUAAUAGCAUUAAAUAUAAUGAUGCGUCCAUUUUAAGAUCGUUUAGGAUUUGAUUGACAUUCUGUGAAAUAAACAAGAAGCGUUUUGUACAUUUUGUAAAAAAAAAAAAAAAAAAAAAGGAAACAAAAAUAAUUCGUUGAAUGCCGUAGCAAGUUGAAAACAUUGAAGGAUUAACUGGUAUAUAUCUAUCUAUAUAAAUAAUUCUGUUUGUAAAGUUGUAGUAAACCACGACCAAAAUGCACUAUUGUUUCUCCUUGGGAAAAUAUUGUAUGCACCGCUGUGUCUUGUAUUAAAGGCUUGGUUUAGAUUCUUUGGUUUUGGAUAAGUGAUGUCACAUACUGGCUACUGCUACAUGUGAACUAGACUGAGAGUUGUGAAAUUUCAUUAUAUCCUCAUUCUUGUGAACA